AUCUUCAUCUACAAACUAUCAACAUUAACCAUACAUUCUUGCACACAAUUCUUCCUCGUUGCGACUAUGUUUUAUCGGUAUCCUUGCAUCAUCUGCAAAUCUCUUUCCUCUGCUCUAAAAGACAGAUUCUCCAAAUGCCCUCUUUUUCCCGGGAAGCUGAGCUCCGAAGCAGAAGAUGCAGCCUGCGAUUUUGAUGAAGAAGAUGAAGUAUUCGUGUCAGCAGUCAUGAGCAAAUACAUGGAGUCCAAAUGCAAGCGCAGGUCUUCUUUUGGGGCAGCUACUCGGCUUUGUAGAUGUUCGAGUGCUACAAGCUACAACGCAUUUUUCUCGGUCAAGAAGCGUUUCUCACGAUCCUUGAGCUGGAACGAUACCGGAUAUCGAGAUUUGAGCAAGCAAUCGGUUGUUAUUCUAGAGCUUUUGCAGGAUGAAAGGUGGCCGUUUGGCCUCUCCAAGAAGGCCAUUUUGCUGCCUCCUCCACUGAAGUCACCAUCGGAUUCGUGGUCGUGGAGGAAGAGCGCCAGAGUCGCCACAAGUAUCGGUCGGGUUGGUCAGUUGGUGAAAUAAUCAAUACCCAAACCCGUUUUUAAGCAGCCCUAGCCACAGUACAUUGAUGGUAUAUUCAUAAGUGUUUUGCUUGAAUAUGAUUUGAAUUUUUUCUAUUUUAUUUUGUUUUAUCCUACAAUAGUUGUAAAAUGUGGACCAAAACACAAAACAUCUAUCAACAUUUGCCCACAAAAAAAGGUGUAGAGAAAACACAAGGAAGAAUUCAUAUCCACUCCAUCAACUAUAUCUAUCUAUCUAUUUAUCUAUCUAUCUAUCUAUCAACACACAUACAAAAAACCACAACUACUCUCUCUCUCUCUCUCAUGGCUGACACGGAGACCGAGCUCGAGUUCGAGUUUCUCCCAUACAUCAAAGCCUACAAAAACGGCCAUGUCGAGAGGUUGAAAGGCACAGACGUCAUUCCUGCAGGUGUUGAUCCAGACACCGGCGUUUCAUCGAAAGAUGUCACAGACAUUGUCCCAGAAACAGAAGUCUAUGUAAGAAUCUAUCUCCCAAAACUCAACAGCACCAAUGAGAAACUGCAUAUUCUAGUAUACUACCAUGGAGGUGCAUUUCUUGUGCACACCCCCUCCACUCCACUCUACCACAAUUUCCUAAACGCCCUUGUGCAUGAGUCCCGAGUCAUCGCGGUCUCUGUUCACUACAGAAGGGCUCCCGAGUAUCAUCUCCCGGUAGCAUACGAAGAUUCAUGGGCUGCACUACACUGGGUGGCUUCCCACUGCAACGGUGAUGGCCCCGAGCUCAUGCUGAACCACCAUGCCGACUUCCAGCGCGUCUUUCUUGCCGGUGACAGCGCUGGAGGGAACAUAGUUCAUAACCUUGCUAUGGCUGCAGGUCACCCAAAUGGAGGGCUUAAUGUGGGAAUUCGGGGGGCUGUGCUGAUCGACCCAUAUUUUUGGGGUUCGGAUCCUAUCGGGUCGGAGGGGUUGGACGUGGAAAAGAAGGCAUACGUGGACCAGCUGUGGAAUGUGGUUUGCCCAUCGUGCCCAAUAGACGACCCAUGGAUCAACCCGGUGGCAACGGGCGGGGUGAGCUUGGCUGGGCUUGGAUGCUGGAGGGUGCUGGUUACUGUGGCUGAUAAGGAUAUUUUGAAGGAUAGAGGGUGGCUUUACUUUCAAGCGUUGGCUCGGAGCGGGUGGUUGGGUGCGGUCGAGAUCCACGAAACACAAGGCGAGGAUCAUUGCUUUCAUCUGGAUGAGUUGGAAGGUGAAAAGGCCAAACAAAGAUUGAAAAAAAUUGCUGAAUUCUUCAAGAUGGAUUUGCCUCCUAUGGCUUUUCAAUGAUAGAAAAUAGCAGUGAAAUUGUACUUUGAUUUUGGAGUAAUGAGAUUUGAAUUCAAUAAA